AUGGCUACACAUUUCAUUUUGUUUUCGGUUCUUCUCCUAUCUCAACUUGCACUUUCGGUUUCGGGUCAAGUGUUUUGGAGCGUAAAUUGUCGGGAAUCGGUGCUCUACACCGAUGAUAACCUAAUGGUUUGGAUGCCAGAUGCAACUUUAAUCUCAAAUGGGUUUGCUCGAGUAGUUCAGUCAACUAACUCGAUAUCUACUGAGUUAAACUCUCUUAGAGUUUUCACCACUCGAAAAAAGAACUGUUAUUCUACCCCAGUUACAAAAGGCGAAAAAGUGCUAGUUCGGGCAAGUUUCAAUUAUGGAAACUAUGACGGAUUGUCAAGUCCUCCAACUUUUGAUCUCCACUUUGAUGGAAACUUUUGGACAACUGUCGAGACGACGAAUAGUGGGCUACAAAUGUACGAAGCCACUUAUGUUACAAAAGGAGACACCGUUAGUGUGUGUGUGGGUCAAACAAAGUCCGGUCAAUUCCCUUUUAUGUCGGCUCUUGAAGUUCGCAGUGUCAACUCAGAUGUUUAUAGCGAAGUUGAUGUAGAUCGGGCUUUGUUCUUGAUUAACAGAUUCCCACAAGAUCCUUAUGACAGAAUAUGGAGACCCACUCUUGGUGGAACCAAGGCAAAGACAAUCACAAACGACGCAAUUCUUAUUGACCCCACUGGAGCCAAUGACCCCCCAUCGGGAAUAUUUGCAAACGCAAUUACAGUAAACAGCACGUCGGAUAGUUUGUAUUUGGGAACCAUUUCCCCUUUGAAUACUCCUGUGUCUAUGACAAUGACCAUGAUUGUACGCUACCUUUAUAAUUACACAGUGGAUUCAAUCACGGAUAUUUCUUUAAUUGCUACUACUGAUUCUGACCUCCCACCUAUCAUAAACGCCAUCGAGACGUUUAAUAUUAGUGGAGUUUUAACCGAUGGGACAGAUAGCAAUGAUGUUGUGGCUUUAGCUUUGUUACAAACAACAUUUGAUGUGUUGGGAGAAUGGAGCGGCGACCCGUGUCUUCCCGCACCGUAUUCGUGGGACUGGCUAAAUUGCAGUAAUGAGACGCCACCUCGUAUAACCUCGUUGUAUCUUAACGGCUACAAGCUUUCGGGUGAACUUCCAGACAUUAGUUCCAUGGACGCUCUUGAGAUAAUUGACUUGCACAAUAAUACAUUGGAUGGAGAAAUUCCUAGUUUUCUUGGCACCAUGACUAAUCUCCAACAAUUGAAUUUGGCAAAUAAUGAGUUUAGUGGACCUAUACCCACUUCAUUAUCAAAUAACAACAAAUUGAGAUUAACUGUCACUGGAAAUCCUUCAGUGUGUACAUCUGGUAAGUCAUGUGCGAUAUCUCCGGGGACUGUCAAUUCAUCUCCGGGGACUGUGAGUUCAUCUCCGGAGAGCACCACCAUAUCUCGCAGCAAGAAGAAGAAGAAAAGCAGCUCGUUACCAGCAGUACUCGGCACUUCAAUCCCGACAUUCUUUCUCAUCUGGAUUGCUAUCGGUGUGAUCGUCAUUUUGCGUAAGAAAAAGAAAGCAGUCAAAGACAAUAAUAAGCCAGUUGCUACAGCCGGUGGAGCAAACGAGAAUUCCAAUUGGUUGAAUAAAAUCGGUGAAGAAAUGAUGAAUGGAGUGCCACAAAAUUUUGGAUCAUCACCUUCACCGUUACUUGAUGAUUCUGGUAAAACUAGCGAUGUGAACGGACAAACAGGAGCUUAAAACCACAAUCAAGCGUAGAUUUUAGUGUUUUUUUAAUUAUGUCUAAAAUGGGACAACAAUGCAUGAUUAUGUUUGUUUAGUGGUGAGUACGUGGGGCAUAUUGUGUUGUUGGAUAUGAGGGCAUAUGUGUUUG